AUGUCUGUCGGUCAAGUAUCAAAUGAUCUGUCUUGUUGCCUACAUAUAAUCUUUGAUAAACAUGAUUCUCUUGACUCUUUACAAAACUAUCUCUUUGAUGAAACGAAACAAGAAACAAUUUCAAAUCUUAAGGGAGAUCUUAAGCUGUUAGACAGUAUGUGUGUGAGACAAUCAGUUAUUACUGAAAUCACUAACGAACCUGAAAGUUUGCUUGAAACAAAGCGAAAAAAACAUAUUAGAGAAGGUCUAACAAACAUAACAGACCCCAUGUUUCAAUUUUUUUUACUUCUAGAAACAAAAUGUAGAGAUUUCCUAACACCAACCAACCUAUCUGAAUGUAGAGAAUAUCUGUUUGCAUCAUUGUUUAAUAAUGUCAUGACUAACAAAGAACUGCUCUCUUAUUGGUUGAAAUUGUUCAAUUGUGAUAAAGUUAUGAACACUUCAAGUUUCAGUCAGUCAAAUAGUGCUGAAGAAAUUGCAUCAGAUAUUUGCACUGAAGUACUGAAAUUCACAGAAACAGUGCUGUCACUAAGACAUAAAGUGGUACAAACAUUUCUGAAAGUAGUCAUCAGCCAAUUUCGAAGAGAUUUUUUGUCCUAUAAAAAAAUUCAAAAGAGCAAAACGCUCAGAAAGAAAGUUAUGGCAAAAAAAAUUAAGUGUAACAAGACAUUGGACUUCAAGUUUAUAAUUGAUGAUACAUCUAAAAAAAAAAAUGCCAGUCAUUACAGGUUGAAGUCAGAGGUAGUACAAAACAGACAAUUUUUUUCAAAUUGCAAUUUCAAUAAACAACAAUUGCAACUGCUGGCUAAAGCUUAUGGAGUUCACUUUUUAAGCAAGGCAAAUAAAUCAAACAUAGCAAUGUUACUGUCUGAUGCAAUUUUGAAUUCAGAUCAUACAUUCAUUCCAAUGUACGAAGUAUUAACCACAUGUGCAUCACAAUCUAAUCCAGUAUUUGUUGGAAAUCAGGAACCACUGCCAUCAACAUCUCGGCAACAUUCUGACAAUUUGAAGACAAGACACACAAUUUCCAAACCAACAUCAUCCAUAACAAAAGCGAAAGGCAAAAAGAGGAAAGUCAGUAAAAAGUCAAAUAGCCUUAGUACAUGUACUUCUUGUGAUCUUCCAUAUGUAGAAAGUGAUGACUGGAUAUGUUGUGAUGUUUGCCUGUCGUGGUUCCACAGAUGCUGUGCUGGUUUAGAUGAUGAUGACGUGUGGCGUCACUAUAGUGAACAUGAUGUACCUUUCAUGUGUCCUCUCUGCACAUGAAGUAAGAUACUUCAAUAAUACUUGUUAACCAAUUUCACUCAAUCAAUCAUAAACUGUUAUUUACAAGUAUAUUCAUAAAAUGAACUAUGCAAUAAUUACAGAAGGUCAUACAGCUAUGUAAACUUUAAGUCACAUAAAAUUUUAAGAAAUGUAUCAUUGACAUGUAAACUGCAUUGCAUCUGUGUGAAACAGACUAAUCAAAUCAGUAAUACAGGAAACACUUUGAUUGGUAUACCUGUACAAGUUUCAAACAGUGGUAUUUUUUAAAUCCAAGUUGA